AUGGCAUCCACUACUGGAACAAUGCGUGCACCAAGUCGCAGCGGUCAAUCGCGUGGUCAACUGCCCGUCUUUAGCAAUAGUCCUGCGUCGAAUAUUCCUCGACCCGCACCAGAAACUCAUGCGACUCAUGUAACUACUACUCCAAAUACACACAGUGAAGUCGGCGGACCCAGUAUGAGUGCAAGCAGAGCAAAACAAUCCAAGAGGGAUGAGGCCAUCCGGCGGAAGAUCGAGACUGAUCUCAGCAAGAAGAGUAAGACGACAGGUCGUGCUCGACAGACAAGAAAAGCCCCUCCGGGAACAGUUCUCGCCCUUCGACCAACUCAAGCCCUCCAAAUAAAACCGAAUACUACUGUGGCAGAGGCUGCACAAUUGAUGGCAGCGAAGAGAGAAGAUUGUGUCUUAGUUACCGAUGAUGACGACCGCAUUGCAGGCAUCUUUACUGCCAAAGAUUUGGCUUUCCGGGUUGUUGGAGCAGGAAUCAAGGCCGCCAAUAUUACGAUUGCUGAAAUUAUGACCAAAAACCCCCUUUGCGCGAGAACCGAUACGAGUGCUACCGAUGCCUUAGAUUUGAUGGUUAGAAAGGGAUUUCGUCAUUUACCAGUCAUGGACGAGAACCAAGAUAUUUCGGGUAUCCUCGACAUCACAAAGUGCUUUUACGAUGCCAUGGAAAAAUUGGAGCGGGCUUAUAGCUCAUCGAGAAAACUUUACGACGCUCUAGAAGGUGUUCAAUCUGAGUUGGGUUCCAGCCAACCGCAACAAAUUAUCCAAUAUGUAGAGGCUCUCCGAUCAAAGAUGUCUGGGCCUACCUUGGAAUCCGUCCUUACUGGAAUUCCACCUGUGACUGUCACUGUACGAACAUCCGUCAAAGAGGCUGCUGCGUUAAUGAAGGAAAACCAUACCACGGCUGUUCUUGUCCAAGAUGGGGGCUCAAUUACUGGUAUCUUUACAAGUAAAGAUGUUGUUUUACGUGUUAUAGCACCAGGAUUGGACCCCUCCAACUGCUCUGUUGUACGUGUCAUGACCCCGCACCCGGAUUUCGCUCCUAUGGAUAUGAGUAUUCAAGCAGCACUAAGAAAGAUGCAUGAUGGCCACUACUUAAACUUACCAGUUAUGAACGCUCAAGGCGAAAUUGUUGGAAUGGUGGAUGUUCUGAAGCUUACAUACGCCACCUUGGAGCAAAUCAACACCAUGCAGACUGGUGAAAGUGAUAGUGGGCCAGCAUGGAAUAAGUUUUGGAUGUCUCUCGAGCAUGAAACCGAAUCAGUAGUGUCUGGCGAGGGAAGCCACCAUCACACAACUGGCGGUCGCUCUUUAAUGUCCCCAGAUAUGUCACGGGGUCAUGAACGUCAAGUCGAUGCUAGUGUUGCUCCUAACGAUUCUGCUUCACACAUUGGUGUAGAUUCCCCUUCGCACUCGCACUUGAGUCGUCACAUAGAAAUUCCUCCCGAGGAUGUUCCAUUCGCAUUCAAAUUCAAGGCCCCAAGCGGACGUGUGCAUAGAGUUCAAGUCACAGCCAGUCAUGGUCUGGCGGAACUUAUUUCUGCGGUCGCAGGCAAAUUGGGAGCAGAAAUAGAUGCUGUCGGAGGCUUAGCAGUCGUGGAGGAUGGCAAACUUGGCUCGUCCGGCUUCGCUCUCAGUUAUCUAGACGAUGAGGGUGAUUCUAUAUCAAUCACAACGGACGAAGAUCUUCUGGAAGCAAUUGUGCUCGCUAGAAAUGGCCAUCGGGAUAAAGUUGACUUGUUCGUUCAUGAUCCCGAGAAGCCACCGAUGGCUACCACUUUAGAUCCCCAGCCACCUAUCAUCCGAGUAGCUUCGCCACCAGCAUCAGCUACGGUCCGAAGACGCCGGGCUGUUGAUGACGAUGAUGAUGAUGACGAGAGUGAUGAUGAACCUCGAGUUAAAUCAAAGUCACGAAAGGCAGCGGUCCAACAGGCAGCUCCGGAGGUUAUUCAAGGAGUACCAAAUGAGUUGUUAUUGCCAGGAGCAAUUGUGACUCUUGCAGUUGUUAUUAUUGGAGUUUUUGCAUUGACUCGCGCUACGAGCCGUUAA